ACCAUUGCAAGAAGUAAGGAAAUUAACCACAGCUAACUAAUGGCGCCGAUUCACAGCUCUCGCCGCCUCGACGGCACAGUGCUUGCGCUUCUGCUCGUGCUCGUGGCCGCCUCCGCCUUUGUCAGCGCUGCCGCGGCGCGAGGGGACGCGCUGGCCGCCCGGCACGAGCGGUGGAUGGCCAAGUUCGGGCGCGAAUACACGAACGCUGCCGAGAAAUUACGCCGGCAGGAGGUGUUCGCGGCCAACGCGCGGCACGUGGACGCUGUCAAUCGGGCGGGCAACCGGACAUACACGCUCGGCCUCAAUCAGUUCUCCGACCUCACCAGCGAAGAGUUCGCGGAGAAGCACCUCGGGUACCGCCACCAGCACGGCGUGGACAGCACGCCGGUGGCCGCGGUCAACAUGUCCAAGGCUCAGUUCGAGUCCACGCCGGACAGCGUGGACUGGAGGGCCGCGGGUGCCGUCACCCAAGUCAAGAACCAAGGCUCAUGCGGUUGUUGCUGGGCGUUCGCGGCGGUAGCAGCGACGGAGGGGCUCGUAAAGAUCGCCACUGGCAACCUCAUCUCCAUGUCAGAGCAGCAGGUGCUGGACUGCACGGGCGGCGCCAACUCCUGCAAUGGCGGCGACAUCAACGCCGCCCUAAGCUACGUCGCCUCGAGCGGCGGCCUUCAGCCCGAGGAAGCCUACGCGUAUACCGGUCAGCAGGGCGCGUGCCGCAGCAGCAGCGUCAGCCCAAACUCGGUCGCCUCCGUCGGCGGCGCCCCCCGAAUGGUGGAGCUGCACGGCGACGAGGGCGCCUUGCAGGAGCUCGCGGCCAGACAGCCGGUGGCCGUGCCCGUGGAGGCUGACAGUGACUUCCAGCACUAUAUGAGGGGCGUGUACACCGGCAGCUCGUCGUGUGGACAGAACCUGAACCACGGCGUGACGGUGGUGGGCUACGGAACGGACAGCGGCGGGCAGGCCUACUGGCUGGUGAAGAACCAGUGGGGGACGGGGUGGGGCGAGGGGGGCUACAUGCGCCUCACGCGCGGGAACGGCGGCAACUGCGGCAUGGCCACCUACGCCUACUACCCCACCAUGGACAACUCUUAAACACUGCUACUAUUACAUCAGUCAGUCCAUGCACCAUCGAGUAUAGUUUAUCAGCACCACGCAGUAUAUACGGAUUUAAUUUUUGAAUAAAGCAUGGAUCCUUGUAAAAAAGAUCCAUUUGCCUAUGUAAUACCACAAACUUGUAAGCUUGUAUAUGAAAAUAAACAUUUGUACUGCAUC